AUGCCUAUCGAGUUGAUCAAUUGUGGCGGCUGCAAGAAACGAAUUACCGAGGAUGAAGUAACCAAGGAUCAAGUGGUGUCGUUGUUGAAUCGUAUCUGGCACAAAGACCAUAUUUCGUGUGUUUAUUGCAAACUCACCAUCUCGGACGGUCGCUUUUUCAAGUCCGCAGUCGACCCAAUGCGACCGUCGUGCUACGCGUGUCAUAUUCAAACAACUCAUCCAGCGUGUGUUGGCUGUUCACUGCCCGUAAUCGAACGAGGACUGGUUGCAUUCGGUCGUCUGUUUCAUAUUGACUGCUUCCGUUGUGCCAUCUGUAAUCGAACGAUUCCACAGAGAAAAGGAUUCUAUGAGAGAGAUUUGAUGUUGUACGAUGAUGUCUGUUAUAUGAUGUACAUUAAAGAUUCGCCGAAUCCACCAAUGAGAAGUCCGAUGAGCAAUAAUUGA